AUGCUGCACUACGACAACGAGGCUGAUGGCAUGAUCUCUCGGGCGAGACAGGGCUUCGACCGCUCGUCGCAGCGGCACGCCCAGGAUCGUGUCGCGCAACGUCGAAUAGUCGAAUACCGCUCAACCGCCGAGGUUCCCCGCACGCGCCGUCGGCAAGCUUCGCGCGGAGAUUCAACCUCGGCCCCACCACGGGACUCGACUCCCUCACCGACCGUCGGUUCCAACGGUCGCCCUGCCAUCAGUACGCUCUUCGACCUUCGUACCUUCGCGCUAGACUGCUUUCCGCCUUUCUGGGUCAUGGCACGCGAAGCUGAACCCCUUGAACUCGCUCGACGUGCGCGUUCGCCACGCCGAGUCGCUUCUCCAGCCGUGUGUACCCAAGAGAGGAAAAAAAACUUUGGGUCUCACUGGGUCUUCAUAGCCGAGCCUUGCCCUUUUGAUCCACUCUACACUUGCCUGCUCCGUCCACUGCGCACCCUCCGGCCGCACGCCAAGCAGCGUGCCUGGCAGAUCGUCAGCUGGACAGCGCUAGUCUCGCAGGCCAUGUGCCUCGAUGGCUUAUUUCCGUCGUAUGCGUGCCUGGAUGCAUCCAGCCUGGCCUCACCUCAUCCUCGUCUCGUCAUCGUCCCCCCACUCACCUUCUCCCCCACUCCUGCACCCUCUUCUCCUACCGCAUUCUCUGCCACUGCGGCCACAUUCAUCAUGAGGACGGGUCAGCUGAACCACCCCGACCCCCAGCACCCUUACAAUCUGCCAACAUGGCGCAAGCUGCUCAUGCUCGCCACCGUCUCGCUCACCGCCUUUGCGGCUAACGAGAUGGCCGCUGCCCAUCUCACUGCGUUCCCCGAAGUCGCAGAGAGCUUCAAAGUCACCAUCGCCGCCACCGCCAACACCAUCGGCAUCGGUAUUCUCGGUCUCGGCACGGGUCCGCUGCUCUGGAACGCCAUCUCCGAGUCCGUCGGUCGACGUCCCGCUUACCUCCUCGCUUGGACACUCUACAUUCCAUGCACCGUCUGGCUCGCAAGGGCAGGCAGUUUCAAUAGCUUUGCGGCUGCCAGGUUCUGUGCUGGUUUCGCCGGCUCCGUCUCGCAGACCGUACCUGCCUCGCUCAUCUCCGAGACUUUCAUGCCUGAACACCGUGGUGCGGCUAUUGCUGCCUGGACGGUGCUCCUCAUCGCCGGACCCGUCACGGCACCCGUGAUUGGUGCAGGCAUCCUUACCAAGACUACCGACUGGCGCUGGGUCUACUAUCUGACGUUGAUCCUGGCCGGUGCGCUCUGGGUCUGCAUCCUCCUCUUCGUGCCCGAGACGCUGUACAGCCCCAACCGUUCGGCACCCACGGCCGCACACGAUGCCCCGUCGCGCAACGACGAUUUGGAGAAGAAGGACUCGCACUCGAUCGAGCACGGCACUGCUACGCCCCCUCUCAGCGGCUCUGCCGGUGCGCUCGAGAGCGGCUCGCACGGCCGCAUCGGCGCAGCAUGGUAUCCGUGGAAGGAGCCCGCGCGCUUCGUCGGCGAGAUCGUCGCUCCGCUCAAGAUGGCCAUGUACCUCCCGGUCAUCCUGCCCUCCAUUGUCUACGCGGUCAUCUUCAUGUGGUCAGUCGGCUUCACCGUGGUGAGCCCACAGGUGUUCCCGCGUCCUCCUUGGCACUUCACAAACGUCCAGGUCGGUCUUGCCUUCCUUGCCGCCGCCGUCGGUGCGCUGAUUGGCAAGUUCGCCGGUGGCUUCGUCAGUGACUCUACGGUCAACUUCUUUGUUCGACGCAACUCGGGCUCGAUCGACGGCCCGCGUGUGCCCGAGUACCGUCUCUGGGCGCUGCUGCCGCAGGUACCGCUGCUCGUGAUUGGCCUGCUGCUCUACGGAAUCGGCUACCAGAAGAAGCUCGACUGGCCCGUCGAAGUCAUUGGCGGUAUCGGCGUCUACUACGUUGCCAACUCGGCGGCCGGCGGUAUUCUGCAGACCUACAUUAUCGAAACGUACUUUACCAAGGCAGUGCACGGCAUUGCGCUCUUCAACUUUGUCAAGUGCUGUCUGGCCUUCUCGGCGCCAUUCUUUGUGCCAGAGUGGUCGUUCGAAGGCUUCACAAAGGCGUACGUCGUCCAGGCCGUCGUCACGGCAGCUGUCACCUUGGCCAUGCUGGUGGUGCUCAUCGCUUUCGGUGCGCGCAUCCGCAAGGCCCAGAAGAUGGUCUCCACCGCUUGA